CGUCACGGGUGGAUUUGAGCAUGCGUGGUGACGAACGUCAAUCCCGUUGCUUUAUGAAACGAGAAAUCCCUCCAUGAGUAGAGGACUUGUUUAAAACCCCGCUGGUGGAAGAGAAGCCGCUCGUCUCGGAAGAACCGGGCUGAAAGACUGUUCUCCGCGGUCCGCUCGGCGUGGGGUUAUCUUCCGGUUACAAGUGUAUGCUCACAGACCCCCCCACACGCCUCCUCGUCGUGCGCACACCCUCGGGGACGAGCCGACGGACCUAACCGAGAAAGGAAGUGGGCUCCUUCUCUUUCAUCAGACAGAUGCUCCCAGCCGCCCAGCUUGACAGGAGUGAUGGGAUGUGUCAACUAGCAGAUGAGGCAGUCCUGCACGAUGUAAUCGGACUGAAGGAUUCAUCUGCAGCGGUCACACUGGAAAGAGGCCGAAGAGGGACAGAGGAGGACAUCGAAGACACUAGGAUGGGCGUAGGGAAGAAUACCAAUUCCAAGUCGAUGGACAGCAACAGUGAGGGAGGAAAACUUGAAGAGGAGAGCAAGGAUGGCGCAGAUUUCUACCCCAUCCCGGUGGUGGUAAAUGGCGUGGGCGGGGCCAGUGGAGACCAGGACACUGAGAACACGGAGCUGAUGGCCAUCUACACUAAAGAGAAUCAAGGAGCAGAAAAGAGCUCAAUGUCUGAGACGCUGGACAGCACGGACAGCACGGACGCCAGGAGGAUGGACAUGAUCUAUACCAUUGAAGACACCCCACCCUGGUACCUGUGUGUGUUCUUGGGCUUGCAGCACUACUUGACAUGUUUCAGUGGAACUAUCGCCGUGCCGUUCCUCCUCGCUGAGGCGAUGUGCGUCGGCAACGAUCAGUGGGCCACCAGUCAGCUCAUUGGGACCAUCUUCUUCUGUGUGGGGAUCACCACCCUGCUACAGACCACACUGGGCUGCAGGUUGCCCCUCUUCCAGGCCAGCGCGUUCGCCUUCCUCGCACCUGCCAGAGCCAUCCUGUCCCUGGACAAAUGGAAGUGUAAUAACACGGAGGUUCCAGUGUUCAACAGCACGGAGCUCUUCAACACAGAGCACAUCUGGCACCCCAGGAUACGAGAGAUCCAAGGGGCCAUCAUCGUGUCGUCCCUGGUCGAGGUGUGUAUCGGAGCGCUGGGUCUGCCCGGGCUCCUGCUGAAGUACAUCGGACCUCUGACCAUCACCCCCACCGUGGCCCUCAUCGGCCUGUCUGGUUUCCAGGCCGCGGGGGAGAGGGCUGGAAAGCACUGGGGCAUCGCGAUGCUGACGAUCUUUUUGGUGCUGCUCUUCUCUCAGUAUGCCAGAAAUGUUCAGUUCCCUCUGCCGGUCUACAAAGCCAAGAAAGGCUGGACUUUCUACAAGCUGCAGGUCUUCAAGAUGUUUCCUAUCAUCAUGGCCAUCCUGGUGGCAUGGCUGCUGUGUUUCAUUUUCACUGUGACUGACGUUUUCCCGCCGGAUGUAAACAAGUACGGCUUCUACGCCCGCACUGACUCGCGUCAAGGAAUCGUCGCAGCAGCCCCCUGGUUCAAGAUCCCAUAUCCCUUCCAGUGGGGAGUUCCAACGGUGACGCUCGCAGGUGUGAUCGGCAUGAUGAGCGCGGUGGUGGCCAGCAUCAUCGAGUCGAUCGGAGAUUAUUACGCCUGCGCGCGUCUCUCCUGCGCUCCUCCACCUCCAAUCCACGCUAUCAAUAGGGGGAUAUUCGUAGAGGGUAUUUCCUGUGUGCUGGAUGGUCUUUUUGGGACAGGAAAUGGCUCCACCUCCUCCAGUCCAAAUAUAGGUGUCCUGGGAAUCACAAAGGUGGGCAGCCGGCGUGUGAUUCAGUUUGGCGCUGCCAUGAUGGUGCUGCUGGGGCUCGUGGGUAAAUUCAGCGCCCUGUUUGCCUCUCUGCCCGACCCUGUGCUGGGAGCUCUGUUCUGCACCCUGUUUGGCAUGAUCACAGCUGUGGGGCUCUCCAACCUGCAGUUUGUCGACCUCAACUCCUCCAGGAACCUCUUUGUCCUUGGUUUCUCCAUCUUCUUUGGUCUGAUGCUGCCGAGCUACCUCAAGGAGAACCCACUGGUCACCGGCAUAGAGGGGGUUGACCAAGUAUUGAACGUGCUCCUCACCACUGCCAUGUUCGUUGGAGGCUCUGUCGCCUUCAUCUUGGACAAUACUGUACCUGGCACCCUCGAAGAACGAGGUGUCAAGAAGCUAAAAUGUGGCACUGGUCCGAGUACUGCCGAACUGGAGGGCAUGCGCUCUUACGACCUGCCGUUUGGAAUGGACUUCAUCCGCAGACACCCCAUCUUCGAGUACAUCCCGAUCAGCCCCACCUUCCAUGGUUACCAGUGGGGGAGAAUACAGGAAGGCUGCAGGAGCAGACUAGGACAUGGGGAUGCGGUAAAGGGGGGAGGAGCGGAGGGGGAGAUCGACGCAGCAGCGGGGGAGAGUCGGGUAUAGCCGACGUGGUGGUGCUGCAAGAUCUUAAAUGUGGAUGAAUUUGGGGAGCAAGGGAUGGUACACGAAGAUGGAGGAGAGGAGGACAGAAACGAGGAUUCAGGAUUGUGUGGAAAAAAUUGUGAUGCACCAACGACAAACCCCCCACCCCUCCCCGUCAGUACUUCCUUUUAGCUCGUGUCAGUCUUUUCCCACUUCCCACUAUGCUAUUUUAAGCAUGCUUUAGCAAGUCACAGCAUGUUAUAAAAGAAAUCACCACGUGGAGGUUAUUUGGUGUGUGCGCGUGUGUGCUGCCAAAUUUUUCUAAAAGAUAUUCUCUACUCGCAGUAGACGUGAUUAUAUCAAUCGAGGCUCAUGCAAAAAUUCUGUUGCGGACCGGUCGCCACUAGACUCGUUAUACAUACACACACACACACCAACAAACCUCACCGGAACUAGCUUGAGCCACAAUGCAUGUCGGGGGUCAUGCAGGUGGAUGGAAGAGGUUUGCCAGGUGCCCUUAGCCAUGCGAAGUGAUUGUUUAUUUGUUUGCACUAUCUGCCUCCUGAGUUGAAAAGCAGAAUGUCACUCUGCAGCUCGCGCCCCCAUUCUACCAGUGACAACUCCUCAGAGACAUCUCACAGUAAAGAAACUCGCAUCCCCCGUUUUCUUCUCUCGCCUCAAGAUCUCUAAUGUAACAAACCGGUUUACAGCGCUUUAACGUGUCAGUAUUAUGCAUCGGUUACUAGCAAAACUUUUCUUGGACACACCAUUGUUUCAUUUGUCUGUCAAAUGGAACUAAAAUAUUUUUUUAUUUAUUUGAUGACCUUGAUUUGCUUUUUCUUUUACGCCUCCUUUAACACACAAGGGCACUUACAAGCUUUUGAUAAUGCACUGUUCAGAACGUCCUCUGGGUUCGCUGAAGCUUUCUGGAGAACCGCUCAUCCCAACGGCUUCACACUCGGCGCUGUGCUUCCGUAGAAAGGUGUACCCAGCAUGCUGUUGUCAGUCGUCUGCGCAGCAGAUUUAUGAGCAAGAGGGUAAAAGUUCAGGUUGCAAUGUUCUGGCGAAAUAGUCCCACUAGAAUCUGUACUGCAUGCAACAGUGCGUACUAUUUCAAGGGCGGCUGCAGCGUGUGCUAACAUACGAUUUGGAAGGCAGUGCACACUGCUUCAAGCGACCGUGAGCGAGCUGUACCCAGCAUGCCGCUCGGUGGUGUAACAGUUAAUAGGGCUACCCUCUCAAUAUAAUACACUACACUAUGUACACUUUACUAAUAAAUGUGUCACGUAGAUCUUAAGAGCUGGCACUCUAACACUGCACUUCCUCGGGCCCACCACCCACCAAGUGUGAAGCCGAUCAGAGGAACGGUUGAGGAAAGCGGAGCAUCUAGUCUGAGACUCGGGUAUCACUUGUGCUCUGCUUUUAGCUGUGAUGUGUGUUAAUGUGGGACUGAACACACACACACCCCCUCCCCCCACAGCCCCGCUAUCCAAACCCACUCUCAGUGCAUUCAUUUGGCUCCUACAUAACUGUGAUAAGAAGUAACGGUGGUGGGUUUAGUUUGGAGUAUGUCAAUGUAAUGAAUGCAGAUGUCAUGAACAAUUUUUUUUUUUUUGAUUACACAUUAUACAUUCCUACUCCCAUUAUACAUUAUACACAACUUUGCAACAUAAUAUCGGUAAACAUCUCGCUUUAAAAAAAAUUAAAAAGUAACCGCUAAAUUAAAUUUUGCCUGCUGAGUUUUCCUGAACCAACAUGCUACAGAGUUAAUUAUUUAGAUCUCCUCUUAUUGAUCUGUUGCCACAUACCAAAAGCAAUGGCAUUUUUCACUACUAAGAAAAAAAAGUUUGAAAUCUUUCUGCGCUUUUUAAUCUCUUUUGUUAAAGCUAUUUAUUUAUUUAUGACCAGACGAUUAGUGAUAGCCUGCAGGCCUGUGUGUCUCUUGCACAAUGUUGAAAGUAUAUUUAUUGGUUUACUCGUUCGUGCCGCGUGAAGAUCCACGUGCUGAUGGUGACGGACCUCCCUGAGCCAGUCUGUGCUGUUAGAAAACUCAAGAAAAGCGUUUUCUAAAGAGUUUCUAAUGUAAGCUGCUUCUGUCAUUCCAUUUAUAUCGUGUUGUUUUUAAAAACCGGAGAAAACACUGAAAAAAAGAGUGCUGGAAACUGAAUAGUUUUCCUCAAGUUCGUAAUCGGGGCCUUUUUUUGCUACAAGUACUGUUUGCACAUGUAAUGGUGCCAAGAAAUGAACCUAACAUGUCCCUCGAGAGCUCAUCCUCAUGUAUGCUCUAUAAAGUAUAGCCGUUGUCUCGUUUGGUGACUCGAGGACAAGUGGCUGAUUGUGAUUGGACAUUUUUGGGCCUUCAUCCGUGGUGGCGUGGUCGGCUGUGGCCCCAUUUAUGACGUCAGCACGCCGUACGUUACUGCCUGCUCGGAACGAUGAAGUGUUUGACCCCGGAUGCGAGCAAAGAUAAGAUCUUGUGUUUCCAGAGACCGGCGCUCCGCUCUUCUGCUGUGCCGGAUGGUUGUACUAACAGUGACCGGUGUACAUCACAUGCUUUGUUUUGAUGUUACCGACCCCCCCAACAGUAUUUGAGGCACAUAUCUGGGUCUUUCUCCUGUGGUUGAGUCUGUAAUGUUGCAGAAUCACAGCUGUACAAAUGGGUGGCCCGGUCUAAAUGCUACGGGGGGCUUAAUUCGUAGUCAUACCUGUCAAAAUGCAGUAUGUAAGAAAACCACUGUUUUGAUAGCGGUAGAAACCGUUGGGUGUCACAAUGUGACGCAGCGCAGGCAGAGUCUGUGGAAAUGUUGUCGUUGAACGUCGGUCUCUGUAAAUAUUUUAUCCAUCUGUAAUCCGAAUCGCAGUGCUGAAGCCACGAAAGCGGCUCGGCCGGGGACUCCCAAACCUCACCAUCCUCAUCUUAAUGUUGCCAGCUGGUUGUGGAUAACGAGCAGCGUUAUCGGGUGGUCGGUAGAAUUGGCAGUGUGUCAUUGGCCACACCAGCAGAUGUUUGUUUUUUUUUCUUUUCUGAUGGCGUCCUCGCCCCACGCUGCCUGACCUCGCUCAAGGAGCAGGUGACGAUCAAGUCAGAGAGUAGUCUCCUCCUACCGAAAUCUUCUCGUAGAGCAGCGUGACUGGAGGGGGUUUGACAGUUGUUGUUUUGUUUUUUUAGCACCUCUUGUAGGGAAUUCUUCAGUACAUGGGCAUGCACACAUAAUAAUCACGCACACAACAUGUAGGUCUGUACAUUUAUGCAACCGGCACUUACUUCUCCUAUCACGUCCCCUCUCUCCUCCUCUCUCUUCAUCUGCUCUCUCCUCUCCACACUUUGUUGGCCGCCCUGCUGUUAAAACCUAUUGAUGUCCUUAGUGUACCCAGUUUUUCUCCCUAGGAAGAUCUUAACUGUUCCUGGAUGCAGAAUAAGACACCGGCUGGCCACCUUUUUGUUUAUUAUUAAGAUCCCGUUGGUCAUCGUCAACCGGCCUAAUCACUGAACAGCGAGAUGAACAGGGGAUGUCUCUGCACCUACCGGCAGCCUCCUCUUGCUUUUAGCUGUUACUGCCCGGUUGUAGCCGUACUCCCUGUAGGAUCCCAUGAACAUGCAUAUGUGUGUGUUUCUGACAUAGUUGUUGCAGUAAACAAAGCACGUCACAAGCACAGACUCUUCAUUGAUUUACAGCCAACCAACAGCUCUUAAAAAGGUGGCCGGCAGGUGUGUGACACAAAGACAUCAAUCCCUUUCAGUUAUUUUGAAGGGGGUGAUACCUGAAGAAUAUACUAUUGUGUUUUAUCUUUUUCAAUGUUUUUUUUUAAUAUAUAUACAUUUUUAUGUUGUGUUUUUUUUCACGCAAAUAUUUGUAGAAAAAAAAGAACUAACUUUUAAUCAUAAACCAUGCUGGAAAUCGCACCUUUCUGUUGUACUUUAUUUACAAAGUAAAUACAUGAUGAUCCUAUUAUUAAUCUUUGGUUUGGUGGAAUCCUUUUGUGUGUUUUUGUUAGGACCUUUUUCAUAUUAUUUUUUUACUCUUGACAUUGCUUUCAUGUCCAUGUUAAUGCAUUACUAUUUUAAAUGAAAGAAAAAGCUGAGAAACUUUAAAUAGAUGUACAAAUGAAAACUAUUAAAAUAAAUGUAUAUUUAACAGAGUAAAGUUUGCUAAACCUUCUGAAGAAAAUGUGUGUGUGUGUGUGUGUGUGUGUGAACUAUUUGUUGCAACACAAUGUUUUAAUCUUUGUUCCUAAAACUAUUUAAUAAGAUGUUACUGAAUGAA